UUUACAACCAUUCAAACAAUCUGGUUGUAAAGUCGCCUGGACCAGUUUGUCAGCCUACCAACAUAGUUGACUUUCUGAUUUGCCAUCAUGUCCAGUACCAAAAUCACGGCUUCCACCUCCAGAAGGGCUCUGAAGACAGUGGAUGAAACAUAUGAAGCGACUGAAACGCAACUUUCAAAAUCACUGUCAGACAUGCGGCUGUUUGAUGAUCCGCUCGACCACUCGGAGGAGGAUGUGGAGACCCAGUUUGGGAAGGUGCACUGCACCCUGAGGGGCACACCCAAAUCCAACCGGCCCGUCAUCCUCACCUACCACGACAUCGGCCUCAACCACAAGACGUGCUUCAACGCCAUGAUCAACCAUGAGGACAUGAAUGAGAUCAGCAGGCACUUUGCCGUGCUGCAUGUGGACGCUCCUGGACAGCACGAGGGGGCCAGCACCCUACCCACCGGGUACACAUAUCCCUCCAUGGACCAGCUGUCUGAGACCCUCCCCCUUAUUCUCAAGCACUACGGCAUCAGGAGUGCUAUUGGACUGGCCAUUGGAGCAGGUGCCUACAUCAUGGCCAAGUUUGCUCUGAACCACCCAGACCUGGUGGAGGGCCUGGUCCUGAUCAACAUCAGUGCCCAUUCCGACAGCUGGGUAGACUGGGCUGCUCACAAGGUGAGCGGCCUGACACACACCCUUCCCGACACGAUCAUCACACACAUUUUCAGCAAGGAAGAGAUCCAGACCAAUCAUGACCUUAUUGCCACCUAUCGCCACCACAUCCAGAAUGGAGUCAACCAGCACAACCUGCAGCAGUUUGUCAAGUCCUACAACAGCCGGAGAGCUUUGGAUGUUGAGAGGCCCGUCCAGGGAAGCAGCAUCAAUGUCAGGACUCUGAAGUGCUCCUCUCUUCUGGUGGUUGGAGACAGUUCUCCUGCUGUGGAGGCAGUGGUGGACUGCAACUCCAAACUGAACCCAACCAAGACUACCCUGCUCAAGAUGGCAGACUGUGGCGGCCUUCCUAUGAUUGAUCAGCCUGCAAAACUCAUUGAGGCUUUCAAGUACUUCAUCCAGGGCCUUGGCUACAUGGCCUCCGCCAGCAUGACGCGUCUGGUCCGCUCCCGCACCUCCUCCGGCACCAGCAUCUCCUCCAUGGACGGCAACCGCAGCCGCUCCCACAGCAACCGCAGCCAGACCAACGUGGAGCAGCGCGGACGCUCCCACACCGACGUCUCCAUGGAGAGCGCCUCCAGCCCCACAGACACCGUCAUGCCAGCACCCAACAGGACGGAGGUGUCCUGCUAAGUCGCCCGUCCGAAUUCGGAUACGUCUUGUUGCCAGUGAAGCUGCUACUUUACUAGUGUCUCUUCGAAAUAAUAAUAAUAAAAAAACACUCUGUUUCUAUGACGCAAAAA